CUCAAGUUGGUAAUUGAAUUGCAUAAUUCUUUCAAUUACACUUUCUUAUUAGCUUCUAAGCUUGUCAGAUAUGGCAACUUUCUGGAGAUUGCUGAUCGCGCUUUUUAGUAUUAUUUGCUUCAUGCUUCCCAACAAUGCCAUUGAUGCAAGUUACACCGGCAUCACUAGACACUACAAGUUUAAUAUCAAGCUGCAAAAUGUGACAAGAUUAUGCCACACCAAGAGCAUUGUGACUGUUAAUGGGCAGUUUCCAGGGCCUCGUGUUGUUGCUCGAGAGGGUGAUCGACUUGUUAUCAAAGUUGUUAACCAUGUCCAGAACAAUAUUACCAUCCAUUGGCAUGGGAUCAGACAGCUAAGAAGUGGAUGGGCAGAUGGACCAGCAUAUGUAACACAAUGUCCCAUACAAACAGGGCAGACAUAUGUAUACAACUUCACCAUUACUGGGCAGAGAGGCACACUUUGGUGGCACGCGCACAUUUCUUGGCUCCGAUCAACCCUUUAUGGACCUAUCAUUAUUCUGCCUAAGCGCGGUGUUCCAUACCCUUUUCCUCAACCUUACAAGGAAGUUCCUCUUAUCUUUGGAGAGUGGUGGAAUGCGGAUCCUGAAGCAGUAAUUAGCCAAGCAUUGCAAACAGGAGGUGGUCCGAAUGUGUCGGAUGCCUACACUAUCAAUGGCCUUCCUGGACCAUUAUACAAUUGCUCUGCCAAAGACACCUUCAUGCUGAGUGUUAAACCAGGCAAAACUUAUCUCCUCAGGAUAAUCAAUGCUGCACUCAAUGACGAACUCUUCUUUAGUAUUGCCAAUCACACUCUCACAACAGUAGAUGUUGACGCCGUCUAUGUCAAGCCCUUUGAGACGGAUACAAUCAUCAUAACUCCGGGACAAACCACCAAUGUCCUCUUGAAAACUAAGCCCUAUCACCCUAAAGCCACCUUCCUUAUGAUGGCGCGGCCUUAUGUUACAGGAAACGGAACCUUUGACAACUCCACUGUUGCCGGAAUCCUUAACUAUCAACACCCAAAACCAUCAAUUUCAAUCAAGAAACUUCCUCUCUUCAAACCAACACUUCCAGCUCUAAGAGACACAUCUUUUGUUUCCAACUUCACCAACAAACUUAGAAGCCUAGCAAAUGCACAAUAUCCGGCUAAUGUACCAAAGAAUGUCGAUAAACACUUCUUCUUCACAGUGGGAUUAGGUACUAAUCCAUGCCCAAAAAACCAUACAUGUCAAGGUCCAAACAAUAAAACAAUGUUUGCUGCUUCAGUUAACAAUGUCUCCUUUGUCAUGCCAACCAAAGCUCUCUUACAAACUCACUUCAUACAGUCACAUUCCCUCCACCAAUUACAACGAGUUUUCACCACUGACUUACCCUCCUCACCAUUGAUCCCCUUCAACUACACUGGCAUGCCGCCUAACAACACGAUGGUGAUAGACGGAACAAAGGUAGUUGCGGUUCCAUUUAACACGAGCGUGGAGCUAGUGAUGCAGGACACUAGCAUUCUUGGGGUAGAGAGUCACCCUCUUCACCUCCAUGGGUUCAACUUCUUUGUUGUUGGUCAAGGAUUUGGAAACUUUGAUGCAGAAAAAGACCCUGCAAAAUACAACCUUGUAGACCCUGUUGAAAGGAACACUGUUGGCGUACCAUCUGGAGGAUGGGUUGCUAUUCGUUUCUUUGCAGACAAUCCAGGAGUAUGGUUCAUGCAUUGCCAUUUGGAAGUGCACACAAGUUGGGGAUUGAAGAUGGCUUGGGUUGUACAAGAUGGAAAGCUGCCUAAUCAGAAGCUGCCACCACCACCAUCUGAUCUUCCAAAGUGCUGAAAAUAUUUUCACCAGAGAAUAUUUUCUACAAUGACUAGCAGAAUAUUAUUCUGAUUAUUUUUUUUUAGAAAUUCUUUUUCCCCAUUUCUAUUUGAUUGUAUUUUAUUUUGUUAACAAUUCUUGUAAGGAAGAGUUAGGCGGAUUUGGUUUGAAAUUUCAGAUUUUGUAUUGCUUUCUCAAUAAAUUUCCUUGUUUUGAUGACCAAGUAAUGAAAGUUUCUGCAUGAAUUA